UUCUCAUUAAUAAAAUUAUUAUUCACUUAAUUUGAAUUCCUUUAUAUGUUACCUCCUAUUUGACUUCUAAAACCAAAAUGAAAGAAUACUAAUCCCCAAUCAAUCCAGAUUUUCUAUGACGUGGAUCCAGGUUUUUAAUGCCCCCACGUCUAGAAAGCCUAGAAUAAAAAGUUGUUACAGCAUACUUAGAGACAGUACUCCUCUGUUUUCCUGUCAAAAAUAUUUUAAAUUCUUGAAGCAAUCUGAAAUCUGAGUAAUUACCAGUUCAUUUGCUCAUUCUUUCCUUGCAUUCUAUUCUCUGUAAGGAAAGCAAGGCAUAGAGUCUAGACCAUGUUAAUAUGGGAAAAAUCAUAUCUAGAUCUGGUGCUGGUUCCAUCAGGCCUUCUCUUCCUCGGAACAUAUCAUCUCUACCUCUUGUAUAGAAUUCUCAAGUAUCCCCAUUCAACUGCCAUAGGAUUCGAAAAUGACAAGAAAAAGAUUUGGGUACACAAGAUGAUGGAGGACAUUCCUAGAAACACAGAAAUAGCACUUCAAGUGAUAUCAAGCAACAUAUCAGCUGCCACAUAUCUGGCAGGUCUCUCCAUAACUCUGAGUUCACUGAUUGGCACCAUUGUGGGUAGCAGCACAACUAGCAGUCAAUCCAAAAUUCUGGCCAAUCAAAUAAUCUAUGGAGACAGAAGUACUUCAGUUGGGUCUGUCAAAUAUGCAAGCCUCCUGCUCUGUUUUUUAACAGCCUUCAUGUCUCAAGUGCAGUGCAUUCGUUAUUAUAUUCAUGUGAGUUUUCUGAUCAGCACCCCAGGUUCCAGUGUGCCUGCACAUUAUGUAGAGGAUGCUGUAAUCAGAGGGAGUAAUUUCUGGUCACUGGGGAUCAGAGCUUAUUACUUUGCAUUUCCUCUGCUGUUAUGGGUAUUUGGUCCCAUACCCAUGUUUAGUUGCUCCUUGGGAAUGGUCUGCUUCUUAUAUUUUCUUGAUUCAAAGGAUAACCCCAUCCCACCAUUUGGGCUUAAGGAGAAGAAAACUGGAGUAGAUCGAAAUCAGAGAGGUCAGCUGAUCGAAUCUCGCAGUGAACGCCCAACACUGGGCAGUUUCAUGAUGACCCAAAUGGAAUCGCCACAAUUACAGUUGGAAUGAAUAAAUUCAUGGCUUUUUUCUGCGAACAACACAAAUUUUUCCUUUGUUGUGGAUUAGAAAUCCUCAUAAUUUAUGACUUUGAAUUCAUCCCAUUUGAGGGCUGGCAUAGAUCUCAUCUCAUCUUAAUCUGUUAGAUGAAUCGUCAAUCAAAAGUCUUGAAAAUAUUUUCUUCUCCAGUAAGUCUAAAUAAAAUAGAUUUUCUUUACCAACUCAAUUGCACUCUGUAGACUAUGCUUAUAGAGUUACGUAUAGGUAAGCAAAUAAAGUUUGUUAUUCCGUGUGUAAUUCAAAUCACAGUAUUAAUAAAUAUAUUAGGCGUAUA